CAAAAAAUAAAAAAAAAAGUUAAACAAAAUCUUACAUAUAAAUAGGGUUAGUUUCUCAGUCACUGCGUGUAGCUUCUCUCUCUCUGUUGCCGCUUCACCUCUCACUUUCUCGACGACGGUUUCGGCCAACUUGUUUCCGGACUUGGGAAAUUUUUAUUUUGGUCCAUAAAUAGGGCUGCCAGACUGGCCCAUACUGGAGCUUCGUCUCUCUCUCUCUCUCGCUGAACAGCAGCAGCAAUACCUUGGUCUGCUUUGUUGAAACUUGAAACCCUUAUCAAGAGUAUUCGAUUUGAUGAGCUUUGCUAUCUCCCAAAGCUAAGCUAGAGAGAGAGAGAGAGGGUGAUCAAUUACUUAUUCGAUUCGAGAUUAUUUGCCAUGUCAACUGCAUCUAGAGGCCUCAUUUAUCGCCUCCGUCUAUUCUCUAUCAGUCCAAGAAUACAUUAUUCUUCAACUCAUACAGUACCCACCACCACCACCACCACAACCCCCCUCCUCUUCUUCAAAAGCAGCAGCAGCAGCUUUAGUGCUCUGAAUGAAUCAUGUGACAUGAAUCAAUCGCACACUCGAAUCAUCGAACCUAAACCUGGAGUUAUGACUCCCAAUUCGAAGAGAACCGGCGUCAUCGCUGUCAAGUGUGGAAUGACCGCACUUUGGGACAAGUGGGGGGCCAGGGUUCCCAUCAGCAUUCUUUGGUUGGACGAUAACAUCGUAUCUCAAGUCAAGAGCCCCCAAAAUGAAGGAAUCUCUGCUCUUCAGAUUGGUUGCGGGCAUAAGAAAGAAAAACAUUUGACGAAACCUGAAGUGGGUCAUUUCAGAGCUCAGGGUGUUCCAAUGAAGAGGAAAUUGAGGGAAUUCCCAGUCUCAGAGGAUGCACUUCUUCCUCUUGGUUUUUCCAUUGGUGUUCGCCAUUUUGUUCCUGGCCAGUUUGUUGAUGUCACUGGAAUUACAAGAGGGAAAGGUUUUCAGGGUGGGAUGAAAAGAUGGGGAAUGAAAGGAAAUCCUGCAUCUCACGGUGCAUCAUUGUCACAUCGAAGUAUUGGUUCUACUGGUCAAAGGGAUGCUCCUGGAAAGGUUUUCAAAGGCAGAAAGAUGCCUGGGCGCAUGGGUGGCAAGCAACGGACAGUUAAGAAUGUUUGGGUUUACAAAAUAGACCCAGCAAGGAACUUGAUGUGGGUGAGAGGCCAAGUUCCAGGAGCUGAAGGAAACUUUGUGUUUAUAAAAGAUGCUGUUUACAAAAAACCAGAUAUUUCGAUGCUUCCAUUUCCUACAUAUUUUGCCCCAGAAGAUGAGAACAUAGAAGAGUUGGAACCUCUGGUUGCUGAUCUCGGGGAAGUAGAUCCGUUUAUGGUAGCAGAUUAAUCAGAGCUGGGUCUGGGAAUUCCCCAAAAAUAAAGCACUGGAGAAUGAUGCAUCCCCGUCCUUAGCCUCAACUGGUUUGACAAGCCAAGACACUUGAGGAAAGCACUUCAUCUUUAAUAUUCGUUUCUUUUAAAUGUAUUAAAUUCCCUCGCUUUGAGGGGUGGGAUACUUGGUUUGAUCUGAUCUUUCUUAGACUUGUUUUCUGAUUAUUUUUUCAUAUCUCCAAACAGUUGUGAGCUGUGACUACCUGUGAAAUAUAAUGUCAUGGAAACUGUUUGUCAGAUUUUGCCUCAUUGAAUUUUAUAGUUGCUGCUUGAUAGAGAA